AUGUCCUGGCCAGCCAGUGUCAGCCCCCGCCCUCCAGGCAGGAAAGAACUAGAAGUCCCAUCAGCCCCCUGGGGCAGAGGCAGCCUGAAGUCUGGAGCCAGCCCCUUCGUCGCGAAGGUGAAAGAGCUGCGUCUGCAGAGAGAGGACUUUGAAAUCUUGAAGGUGAUCGGCCGAGGAGCCUUUGGGGAGGUUGCCGUGGUGAGGCAGAGGGACAGUGGCCAGAUCUUUGCCAUGAAAAUACUGCAUAAGUGGGACAUGCUGAAGCGGGCUGAGACCGCCUGCUUCCGAGAGGAGCGUGAUGUCCUGGUGAAGGGGGACAGCCGUUGGGUGACCGCCCUGCACUAUGCUUUCCAGGAUGAGGAGUGCCUGUACCUGGUGAUGGAUUACUAUGCCGGGGGGGACCUCCUCACCCUGCUGAUGGCCACCUGCACAUCCCCACGCGUGCCUGUACAGCCCCGCCCCUGCCCCGCCCUCCUCAGGGACGUCAAGCCGGACAACAUCCUGCUGGACAUGAACGGGCACGUCCGCCUGGCCGACUUCGGCUCCUGCCUGCGUCUCAACAACAGCGGCAUGGUGGACUCCUCGGUGGCAGUGGGGACACCAGACUACAUCUCCCCUGAGAUCCUGCAGGCCAUGGAGGAGGGCAAGGGCCACUACGGCCCCCAGUGCGACUGGUGGUCUCUGGGGGUCUGCGCCUACGAGCUGCUCUUUGGGGAGACGCCCUUCUAUGCCGAGUCCCUGGUGGAGACUUACGGCAAGAUCAUGAACCAUGAGGACCAUCUGCAGUUCCCCCCGGAUGUGCCCAACGUGCCGGCCAGCGCGUGCGACCUAAUCCGCCAGCUGCUGUGUGGUCAGGAGGAGCGCCUGGGCCGCGGCGGGCUGGGCGACUUCCAGAAGCACCCCUUCUUCGAGGGAGUGGACUGGGAGCGGCUGGCCACCAGCACUGCCCCCUACAUCCCCGAGCUACGAGGGCCCGUGGACACCUCCAAUUUCGACGUGGACGACGACACCCUUAACCACUCCGCCACCCUGCCGCCUCCCUCCCAUGGGGCCCUCUCAGGUCACCACCUGCCCUUCGUGGGCUUCACCUAUACUUCGCCCAGUCCUGCUCCCGAAGGCAGUUUGGACCAUCUGGCUGCCCUGGAGGGGAAGCUCCUGUGCCUGGAGGAGGAGAAGGCAGAGCUGGUUCGGAAGCUCCUUGAGGCCCAGCGGCUGCCCUCAGACUCCCAGGAGCUGGAGACGCUACGCAAGGAAGUGCUGACUCUACGGGAGAGACUGUCAGAGGCGCUGAGGGACGGCACAGCCCGCCUGUCCCAGACAGAUGGGCCCCCUGCAGGCAGCCCCAGCCAGGCCAGUGACCUGUGCCGAGAGAGAGACCAGCUGCGCCAGGAGCUGGCCGAGGCGCGGGCCGGGCUCGGUGUCUUGGCCCAGGAGCUGUGCCAGGCUCAGGAGCGUCAGGAGGAGCUGCUCCAGCUGCUUCAGGAGACCCAGGAGAGAGAGGCGGCCGCGGCCAGCCAGAACCAGGCCCUGAGCGCCCAGCUGGAGGAAGCGCAGGGUGCCCGGAGUGAGCUGGAGGCCCAGGCAGCCACCCUGCGCCAGGAGGUGACCCGACUGCAGAGGCGGCGGCGGCGGGAGCUGAGCCUGGAGAAGGAACCUGCUCGGGCUCGGGGAGGGCAGCAGCCUCGGCCCCUCCAGCCCAUGCACACAACCCCUGAGACCAACGGCACAGGACCUCCCAGGGGCCGACCGCAGGAGGCCCAGCUGCAAGAGGAGGUGGCCACUCAGCAGAGGCGGCUGGACCAGGCUGGCAGUCAGGGUCUGCUGAGCGGGAAGGAGGAAGCCUUGGCCCAGCUGCAGGAGGAAAACCGGCAGCUGAUUCAGGCGCAGAAGCGGCUGGCGGCCGAGCUGGAGCAGGAGCAGCAGAGCGUGCAGCGGCUGGAGGGGCAGCGACGGGAGACGGAGAGCAACUGGGAGGCCCAGAUCGCAGACAUCCUGGGCUGGGUGAACGACGAGAAGGUCUCCAGGGGCUACCUGCAGGCCCUGGCCACUAAGAUGUCCGAGGAGCUGGAGUCCCUGCGGAACGUGGGUACUCAGACGCUCCCUGCCCGGCCGCUGGACCACCAGUGGAAGGCGCGGCGGCUGCAGAAGAUGGAGGCUUCUGCGCGCCUGGAGCUGCAGUCGGCCCUGGAAGCCGAGAUCCGAGCGAAGCAGAGCCUGCAGGAGCACCUGACGCAGGUGCAGGAGGCCCAGCUGCAGUCCGAGAGACGGCUGCAGGAGACCGAGAGGCAGAGGCAGGGCCUGCAGCAGGAGCUGGCCACACUGCGCGAGGAGCUGCAGGCCCGAGGCCCGGGCGACGCCAAGCCGACCAGCUCCCUGCUUCCCUUCCUGUCCUUCUGGAGCUCAGAGAAGGAGUCCGCCGGAGAAGGCCAGAGGCCGGGAUGCCCAGAGCCAGAGCUGAGGCCUGAGGGCCGUCGCAGCCUGCGCAUGGGGGCUGUCUUCCCCAGGGCACCUGCUUCCACCACAGUCCCUGUGGACAGUCCUCCUGCUAAGCCCGGCUCACAUGUGCUUCGUCCCCGGACCUUCCCCUCUCCCACCAAGUGUCUCCGCUGCACCUCGCUGAUGCUGGGCCUGGCCCGCCAGGGCCUUCGCUGUGACGCCUGUGGCUAUUUCUGCCACUCCGCCUGUGCCCUGCAGGCCCCCCUGUGCCCUGUGCCCCCAGAGCAGCUCUGCACAGCCCUGGGAGUGCACCCCGAGACGGGCACAGGCACCGCCUAUGAGGGCUUCCUGUCGGUGCCCCGGCCCUCAGGCGUCCGUCGUGGCUGGCAGCGCGUCUUUGCAGCACUCAGUGACUCCCGCCUGCUGCUGUUUGAUGCCCCCGACACCCGGCUCAGCCCAGCCAGCGGGGCCCUCCUGCAGGCGCUGGAUUUGAGGGACUCCCAGUUCUCAGCUACCCCCGUCCUGGCCUCUGACGUCAUCCACGCCCAAUCCAAGGACCUGCCACGAAUCUUUAUGGUGACGGCCUCCCAGCUCGCAGUGCCGCCCACCACGUGCACUGUGCUGCUGCUGGCAGAGAGCGAGGCCGAACGCGAGCGCUGGCUGCAGGUGCUGGGCGAGCUGCAGCGACUGCUGCAGGAGGGACGGCCCCGGCCCUGGCCCGUGUACACCCUCAAGGAAGCCUACGACAACGGGCUGCCGCUGCUGCCCCACACACUCUGCGCCGCCAUCAUCGACCAGGACCGGCUUGCCCUGGGCACCGAGGAGGGGCUGUUUGUGAUCCAUCUGCACAGCAAUGACAUCUUCCAGGUUGGCGAGUGCCGGCGGGUACAGCAGCUGGCCAUGAGCCCCUCCGCCGGCUUGCUGGUCGUGCUGUGCGGCCGCGGCCCCAGCGUGCGCCUCUUUGCCCUCUCGGAGCUGGAGAACUCAGAGGCCUCGGGCACUAAGAUCCCCGAGUCUCGGGGCUGCCAGGCGCUGGCCGCAGGGCGCAUCCUGCAGGCCCGCACCCCGGUGCUCUGCGUGGCCAUCAAGCGCCAGGUGCUCUGCUACCAGCUGGGGCCUGGCCCGGGGCCCUGGCAGCACCGCAUCCGGGAGCUGCAGGCCCCAGCCCCCGUGCAGAGCUUGGGGCUGCUGGGCGAUCGGCUGUGCGUGGGCGCAGCCGGGACCUUCACCCUCUACCCGCUGCUCAACGAGGCCACGCCCUUGGCACUGGGGGCUGGGCUGGUGCCCGAGGAACCACCAUCCCGCGGGAGCCUGGGCGAAGCGCUGGGCGCCGUGGAGCUCAGUCUCAGCGAGCUCCUGCUGCUCUUUACCACUGCCGGUGUCUACGUGGAUGGUGCCGGCCGGAAGUCCCGGGCCCACGAGCUGCUGUGGCCUGCUGCCCCAACGGGCUGGGGCUACGCCGCCCCCUACCUGACAGUGUUCAGUGAGAACUCCCUGGACGUGUUUGACGUGAGGAGGGCAGAAUGGGUCCAGACCGUACCAUUCAAGAAGGUGCGUCUCCUGAACCCCGAGGGCUCGCUGUUCCUCUUUGGCACCGAGAAGGUCCGCCUGACCUACCUCAGGAACCGGCUGGCAGAGAAGGACGAGUUCGACAUCCCGGACCUCACGGACAACAGCCGGCGCCAGCUGUUCCGCACCAAGAGCAAGCGCCGCUUCUUCUUCCGCGUGUCGGAGGCGCAGCGGCAGCAGCAGCGCAGGGAGAUGCUGAAGGACCCCUUCGUGCGCUCCAAGCUCAUCUCACCGCCCACCAACUUUAACCACCUGGUGCACGUCGGCCCCACGGAGGGGAAGCUCGGUGCCAAGGACCUGCCCCCGGCUACGGAGGAGAAGGGCCGAGGUGCCCGCCGCUCCGGCUCGCAGCGGCCCCACAGCUUCUCAGAGGCCUUGCGGCGACCGGCCUCCGUGGGCAGCGAUGCCCUCACUGGAGACAUGGACCCCAUGAAGAGGAAACCUCGGACGUCCCUGUCCAGCGAGUCCGUGUCCUGCCCCCAGGGGUCAUUGAGCCCUAGUGGCUCCCUGAUGCAGGUCUCAGAGCGGCCCAGGAGCCUCCCUCCAGCCCCGGAUUCAGAGAGCUACCAGUGAUGCCCUCCGGCAGGGCCCACCCCAUCCAUCCCAGAACUAGAGACGCAUGGGAGCCAGGAGCCCGGGAAGUGCUGUACCCGGCUGGUCCGGACGUGGAGGCUCAGACUCAGGAAGGCCAGGGCCUGGUAGUACAGGGGUUUGCCUGAGUUCCCACGACUGGGGGUGGGGUGUGUGUGUCCUGUCUCCAAGCUUCUCAGCCGACUUUCCUGCCCUGUCCCAGCCCGGGGGGGUUCACUGGGAAUAGGACAGCCCCCACUGCCCUGGGGGCCCUGGUCUCUGGGGGUGACUGUGCCAAAGCUCUCCUGUCCAGUGCCAAGCCCCAGAGUCAGGGAGAGGGAGGGAAUGAGGGAGCGAGGGAGCCGAUCCCCGGGCCUUGGUGCAGGUCUCAGGCCCUGUCUGCUGUCACCAGGCCCCUCAAGGCGGCUGGAGGGAGGCUGGUCUGGGCUCUGCUUGGCGUUUGGCGGGGGAGAGACAGGAGCUGCUCCUGGGAGAGGAGGUG